AUGAAGCUGCAUUUGCCAAUACUGGUUGGACUCCUGGCGCUGACCAUGGUUCACUGCCAAAUUCUCGUCCCGGGACUUCGACAUCGCCAGGUUCCCGUGCUUGAUAAUGGCCAAAUUAGAGUGGUGCAGUAUCUAGACGCGGCCUCCACAGUUACACCAGAGGUGCUAAAGGAUCAAUUCAGUAGACGAUUUACCACGCUUGCCAAACCUUUAGUAAGUGGUGCUGCUCCCCAAACCAGUCUCCCAAACUUGUAA